AUGGAGGUGUCUUAUAAGAAAAUAACAUCUCCAUUAUUUACUUUCUUGUUUAUUUCAUCUAUCUUUAUUCAAUGUCUUCCUUAUGUUUCUUCUUUAGGUGUUAACUAUGGCACCCUUGGCAACAACCUACCUCCACCGUCCCAAGUUGCUCAAUUCCUCAAAGACAAAACCAUAAUCGAUAAAAUCAAAAUCUUCGAUGUGAAUCCAGACAUCCUAAAGGCCUUUGCCAAUACAAACAUCUCAGUUACUGUCACCGUCCCCAAUGGUGAAAUCCCUAAAUUGCUAGACAUUGGUUAUGCAAAAAGCUAUGUUGAAGCAAACAUCAAACCAUUUUAUCCACAAACAAAAAUUGAUGUGAUUGCUGUUGGAAAUGAAAUCCUUCAUUGGGAAACACCAGAAGUACAAAACAAAUUAGUUGGUGCAAUGAGAACACUUUAUCAAGCACUAACACAAUCUGGUAUCAACACUAUUAAAGUGUCAACACCACAUUCUUUAGGAAUUUUACUAAGUUCAAAUCCACCAAGUCUAGCUAAAUUUAGACCAGGUUGGGAUGUAACUAUCCUAGCACCAAUGUUACAAUUUUUACGCGAAACGAAAGGUCCUUUCAUGGUUAACCCUUACCCAUACUUUGGUUACAACCCUGAACAAGUUGAUUUCCUAUUGUUCAAACAAAACAAAGGCGUUUUCGACAAGUUUAGUAGAAGGACAUACUCAAACAUGUUUGAUGUGUUGUUGGAUGCUGUUUUUAUGUCAAUGAAAAGACUUGGUUAUGAUGAUGUUGAUAUUGUUGCUGCUGAAACAGGAUGGCCAUCAUUUGGUGAAAGUUUUGAACCACAAUGUACUGUGGAUAAUGCAGCAUCAUAUAAUGGUGGAUUGGUUAGAAAAAUUGUUAGUGGAAUAGGGUCACCAUUGAUGCCACAUAGAAAAAUUGAGACAUAUUUGUUUGGUUUGUUUAAUGAAAAUACUAAACCAGGUUCUAAUGCUGAGAGGAAUUUUGGAUUGUUUAGACCUGAUUUUACUCCAGUUUAUAAUAUUGGAAUCAUGAAAGGACAACAAUUGUUGCCAAUCCCACAACCAUCAAAGCCUCUUCCACAACCAGCAUUGCCACAACCACAACCAAGAGGCCCAAUUCCUGUGGCAAAGCCAGGCCCAAUAGUCCCAGCCCAACCAGCCCCAAGACUUCCAGCCCAACCAGGCCCAAGAAUUCCAGCGCAGCCAGGCCCAAAGCCUGUAGGCCCAAUCGGGAAGAAAUUUUGCAUGCCCAAACCACAGGCUACAGAUGCACAAUUGCAGGCCAGUUUAGAUUGGGCCUGCACUAAUCAAGGUGUGGAUUGUGGCCCAGUUCAAGCUGGAGGCCCAUGUUUUAACCCAAAUACUGUUAGGUCUCAUGCAGCUUAUGUUAUGAAUUCUUACUACCAAAUCAAGGGCAAAAAUGACUUUAACUGUGAUUUUUCGGGUUCCGCUGCCAUCGUCUUCGCUGAUCCAAGUUAUGGUACAUGCAAGUACCUUUCUUAAAUU